AUGAAGUGGGGGAUUGCACUGACAAGUGCCAUCUUGGCGGCCACAACAACCUCCGCUCUGGAUGUCUCUGACUGUUCUUGCGGUUUCUACGAUGCAUCAGAUGCUCAAGUGUGGACGGAUGCGCUGAUUGUCUAUUUCAACGAGACAAACUCACUACCUGAUGAGUUCAAGGCUCUCGAUUUCAAACAUCACAGAGAGUUCGGCUACAAUGCGCUGUACCGACAGGGCGCAACUCCUAAUAAUGUCAUCAUUGGCAAUGUUCAGGAUGAGAAUGUCGACCAGCAGGCUCUGCAGCUCUGGAUCGACAAAGGUAGCGGCCAGCAUUUGGUGGAGGGUGCUGGUAUUGAGGCCUUGAGACAGGAUAUCCAUUUUGGUACAUUCCGUUCGUCCAUGCGCGGACCUCCCAAGAACACUGGUGGCUCCGCAAUGUCUAUGCAGCUGUACUACAACCGUACAUCGUUCAUCGAUGCCGACAUGUGUAACAUGCAAUAUCCCGAGGACGCCAAGUUCCUGGCUAUCAAGGACGGUGAAUUCCCGGAGACGCAAUUCCAGCUCAACUACACAUACUUUGCGAACGACAAGAACGCUACCGUUGGUGGUGAUCCCUGGGAGUUUGUUGAAAGCAAGAUUGACUGGACCUACAAGCACGUCAACUGGACUUUCGGAGGCAACCAGACCAGAUCGGCGAGGCGUAGUCGCCUUGAUCUGAGCGAGCCUCUGCCAUUGAUCUUCAAGCACUGGUCGAUUGGCGACAAGUACUACAUGGCUGGCCCUCCCAACCAGCGCAACCAAGCAGAUGUUGCCUGGGUUCGUGCUUUCUUCAACUCUUCCCUGACCACCGAAAACGAACAAGCCUCUUUCGACAGCCGCUGCAGAGGGGUUCCGAUGUGUUCCGUUGAAGAUAUCACGCUCCGUGGAUCCAGUCCUUACCAACAAGCCGCUCUCACUCGAUUCAAGUUGCCUAAGCAGAGCAAGAGCUGGCGCGUUCCGGCUGGUGCCACUGCUGGUGCAGUCUUUGGCUUCGGUUGUUUGACCCUCCUCAAUGUACUUUUCAGAAGAGCUCCUUGGAAGUUGCUGCUCAAGAAGAACAGAGGUCCAAAGAUACACCAGCCCUGGAUGAGAAGACUCCAAUCCCCACACCAUUUGAAAAGAAGAUGUCAACGGUCAGCUUUGGCACCAACGCACCUGUUGGCGACAAACGUGACAGCAUGCGCAGAAGAAGUGUCAAGUUCUUCAACCCCUUCGACGGAGACUCUGGAGAUGACUUUGUCAAGAGACACAGCAACGCUUUCACCUCGGCUGCCGAAGUUCCCAGAAGUCUCUCUACCGCACAACCCACCGAUUGGCGCAGGAAGAGUAUGGCUUACCACGGUCAACUCCCUGAAAUGCUUCCCGAGAGAAGCGACAUGGCAAAGAAGAUCAGAAAGGCCAGUGUUGCAUUCGCCGACGCACCCGUCCGUCAACGUCAAGGCAGCACUUUCCAAAGCAUCAAAGGUCGCAGCGGCAGCACCGUCAAAGCGCUUGGACACGUUCUCGCGCACGUCGCAAAUCAAGACCGGUCGCCGCAUCACUCUCGCCGAGGCUGUGCCCGUGUCGGCUGUCGAUAUGCCCUUGCCCAAGGCAAAGGAGCACGAAGCCCGUAUCAACUAUCUCGCUGGUCUUGUCGCUUUCUCCUCUCUUGGUGUUACUGUCAUCCAUUUCAUGCUGUCAUUCAACCCCUACGCCGGUGGUCUGAACUACGGCCAGCAUUACAGAAGUGAAUACUGGGCUCGUUGGACUGUCACCCCUGCCAUCCUCAACCCCAUCUGGCUCGGUCCCUUCUUCGUUACUUCUUGUCGAUUCUUGGCUGCCAGAUAUCUCCGCGACGGGGACUUGGGCAUGAUCGCCGAGAAGACACUUCUCCGUGCACCCCGUCUGCUGCUGCCUUGUUUCAUUGUUGCCGCGAUUGAGUAUUUCUGCUUUGAGCUCGACUUCAUGCAGUGGCUCCAGUGGUUGCCUUCAAUCUCCUGGUCUGAAUGGGCGUUCAUGUCCAACUAUGACAACUUCGGUCACUACCUCAACGCAAUGUUGGAGCUGGCAUACUUGAUUCCCAACGCUGCACCCCAGGUUGUCAGUCACUACUGUGUCGGUGUGCUCUGGUCCAUUCCUGUCCAGCUCCAGUUCAGUUUCAUGACUUUGCUCGCUGUCGUCAUGAUCCGCGAUAUCAAGACCCACUGGAAGCGCUUCGCUUUCUACUCUUGGUGCAUCGUCGCUCAUUGGUACGCGCUGAGUUGGGGAUCUUGCUUCUGGGCCGGGUUGAUGUUGGCAGAUCUGCAGGUGACUUACAAGUUCAGUGCCAGGGUCCAGGCUCGUCCUGUCCUUUGUGUCUUGUUCUGUAUGGUCUGUUGGCUGUUUGUCCUCGCUUGCAUUGCCAUGACCCUCUUGGAAGAUCGUCUGCAGAUCCCGACCAUGACCGCAGAGAGAAAUAUCCACCCCAGCAUGUACACUGGCCAAAGACUUGGUAAGACCGUCGAUGGAGGUUAUCCAUUGUACUUUGAGCCUCGUCUCAACACCCUUGUCUUUGCUGUGGCUAUGCAAUUCCUGGUUGAAACCAGCACCUGGGUUCAGGCAUUCCUUUCGAUGGCUGUUUGGCAACCCAUCUUCCCUCACGCCUUCACCAUCUACCUUGUCCAUGGUUUCAUCUGGUGGACUCUUGGAUCGUACAUGGUCGUCUUGAUCGGAUCGUCUGGCGCACCCUACUGGGGAGUACUCUUGGCAACAGCAGUUGUCUGUUACUUCACGCUCGCGUUGGCCGUACUUUGUAUCUCUUUCCUGACCGAGACGAUUACCGCAGCUUGCUGUCGCAACAUUGCCCGCUGGGCCAUGGAGCCCAAGGUACCCAAGCAACCCACUCUCGAGCCUUUCCCUCGCGGCCUCUUCCUUGAUCGCAACAGCGAAACUGCCGCAACCAAGGAUGAGGAGACGGCCGUUGGAGGAGAGCCGGCGACAACAGUGGGAGCCGGCCACAUGCUCAGACGCCCCACUCUCGUCGCAGGCGCCGAUGUCGACCCACUCGCCAGACGCCCAACCAUUGUCGACGGCGCCAUCCUCAACGAUGCCGAAAAGGUGGCUUUGGGCUCGACCGUCAUGUCAUCGCCCAAGCCGCCAGAGGGCUUCGAAGCGCAAAAGAACAACCGCCGCAGCACCCACGUCGCCGACUUCAUCGCGGAAGAAGACGAAGAGGAGAUGGACCCCGACGAUCCGCGCUACGCCGGAAAGACGUCGCAGGCAUCGAGUUCGUAUGACAGAAACUCGAGUUCUGCGGGUCAAAGUUCGACUUCGGCAUCUUCAGGGCAGGCUCCUUGA